AUGUCUGCUGCUGCCACUAAACAAUUCUUGAAAGCUAUUGCUGCUCGUCGUACUAUCUAUGCGUUGAAGCCUGAAUUGCCAUCUGGUGUAUCUAUCAAUGAUGUUCAGGAAGUGGUCCAGGCCAUUGUCAAGGACACCCCAACUUCUUUCAACUGCCAAGGUAACAGAGCAAUUAUUCUGACUGGUGAAACCCACAAGAGUGUAUGGGAUUCUGUUGUGAAUGCCAUUGAAGGUGAUAACGGUAAGAAAAGACCUGCUUCUGCCAGAGAUGAAGCCUUCGGUUCUAUUAUCUUUUUGACCGAUGACAAGACUACUGAAAAGUUGCAAGCUGACUUCCCAGCAUGGUCUGCUAUCUUCCCAUCUUUCGCCGAACAUUCCAGUGGUGCUGCUCAAAUCUCCACAUGGACUGCCAUCGAAUUGUUGGGUCUGGGUGGUCACUUGCAACAUUACAACGGUUACGUUAAGGCUGCUUUGCCAGAAGGUGCUAUUCCACAAGAAUGGACUGUUCAAGCUCAAUUGGUCUUUGGACUACCAGCUGCUGAAGCCGGUGAAAAGACGUACAUCGAUAACCCUGUCAAAAUCUUGAACUAG